CUUCAACUGACACUUUUUUAGUAUCUGCCUGUGAGGUACUUUCAGCCGGUAGUGUACAAAAAACAUAUUCAUUCAAUAUGGUGAAAAUUGGAAUUAACGGUUUUGGCCGUAUUGGUCGUCUUGUACUCCGUGCAGCUCUUGAAAAAGGAGUUGAUGUAGUAGCUGUCAACGAUCCCUUCCUCGAUGUUGACUACAUGGUUUACUUGUUCAAAUUUGACUCUACCCACGGUCGCUACAAGGGAUGUGUCAACAGCGAUGGCAAAAACUUAGUUGUUGAUGGCAAAGUAAUUUCAGUACACCAAGAAAGAGACCCAGCUGCUAUUCCAUGGGGCAAAGUAGGUGCUGAUUAUGUAGUAGAAUCUACCGGAGUGUUUACCACAAUUGAAAAGGCCAAGAAACAUCUUGAAGGUGGUGCUAAGAAAGUCAUCAUCUCAGCUCCAUCUGCUGAUGCUCCAAUGUAUGUAUGUGGUGUUAACUUGGAUGCCUACAAUCCAGCUGAUCCCGUAAUCUCUAACGCUUCUUGCACCACCAACUGCCUUGCUCCACUCGCCAAAGUCAUCCACGACAACUUCGAAAUCGUUGAAGGUUUGAUGACAACCGUACAUGCCACAACUGCAACACAAAAGACUGUCGACGGACCCUCUGGAAAAUUGUGGCGUGACGGUCGUGGUGCCGGACAAAACAUCAUUCCAGCUUCCACUGGUGCCGCCAAGGCUGUUGGCAAGGUUAUUCCAAGCCUUAAUGGCAAACUCACAGGUAUGGCUUUCCGUGUACCUGUACCAAAUGUAUCCGUCGUUGACUUGACUGUUCGUUUGGGCAAACCUGCCAGCUACGACCAGAUUAAGGCCAAGGUUAAGGAAGCCGCAGAAGGUCCUCUUAAGGGAAUUUUAGGAUACACCGACGAAGAAGUAGUCUCAAACGACUUCGUUGGAGACACCCACUCCUCUGUCUUUGAUGCUGCUGCCGGUAUCCAACUUAACGACAAAUUCGUCAAACUUAUCUCAUGGUACGAUAAUGAGUAUGGUUAUUCCAACAGAGUAGUCGAUCUCAUCACCUACAUCGACACCAAGAAAGCUUAAGGAUGUCAGGCACUUCUUUAAGGGCGUUUUUCCGUACUGAGGCAUUAGGCGCCUCAAAGAAUGUUUCAUGAUCAGUGUUUAAAGCAUCUUUAUUGUAAGGGACUAGAUAGUAGUCCUUUGUUCAUGUCAAAAUUAUUAUAUUAUCCAGUUUUAUUUUUAUUUAAAAUUUAGGAUUAUGUAUAAUAUACAUGUUGAAACAAAUUG